CAUUCCUAACCCAUUUCAUUCUGCUUUAUGUGUAGAUGGCUGUUCAUUACUCAAGGGCAUGUAGGAAAUUAAAACAGAAUUAUUGAGACUGAUGACUAACAAAAAUAAAGGAGUUUUGCUAGGUCUUUCUCAAAAUUUUCUCUCUCAAAAUCCGUCAUAUUAAGAACUACUCAUUUGCAACGUACGAGCAGACAAAUAUACGAGAAGGGAGAUAGUACGAUUCUUGGCAAAAACACAAGUUAAUCUCAUGAUCAAAGAGAGAACAGAGAUAAUCUUUGCGACUGGAGUGGGUUCUCUUUGUUUCUCCUUCUUGUGGUACGAGGAAUGUCUGGAAACCUUAGAUGCAUCGUGGUUGCCGUCGAUGGCAGCGAGGAGAGCAUGAAUGCCCUGCAAUGGGCGCUCGACAAUCUCAAGCUCCGAGACGAUCCCGAUGCCCCCGCUUCGUUCGUCGUCCUCCACGUUCAACCACCGACGUCCAUCGCCACCGGCCUCAAUCCUGGCGCCAUCCCCUUCGGCGGUCCCAGUGACUUGGAGGUGCCUGCGUUCACUGCGGCGAUACAGGCGCACCAGAAGCGCAUCAGUGAGGCCAUCAUUGCUCACGCUUUGCAGAUUGUCUCCCACAAGAAUGCGAAUGUGCAAACUCGAGUAGUAGUUGGGGAUCCGAAGGAUAAAAUUUGUGAAGUCACUGAGAAUUUGCAUGCCGAUCUGCUUGUGAUGGGAUCACGUGCUUUUGGCCCAAUCAAAAGGAUGUUUUUGGGAAGUGUAAGCAACUAUUGCACCAAUCAUGUACAAUGCCCAGUCAUCAUAGUUAAGGGUACUUCCUGAGAAGCUAUUGUAGAGGUGGCUUGAACCAUGCCAUGAGGCUGACAAAAAUUGUGGAUUUCUCAUUGGUAUUUAAUGAGGAUGAAGGGAAAGAGGAACAUGAGCAUAUGCUGUCUGCAUGAAUUAUUUGAAUUGGAACUUUUUCUCUCGUGAGCGUGGUGGGAGCCACUUUAAAUCAUUGAAUUGAAUGAGAGAGUGUUUAUCUUCUUUCUUCUUUCUUCUUUGGUCGACUAGAACAUAAGGAUACUGUUUGCAUGAAUUAUUUGAAUUGGAACUUUUUCCCAGACCAGUUUAUUUCUGCAAUAUAUUGAUAGAGCAGAGUGGACUCGUGAGCAUGGUGGGAGCCACUUUAAAUGAUUGAAUUGAA